UGGCAGGAGCCCCCAGGAGGUAGGAAGAGGCAAGGAAGCAUUCUUCCCUGGAGCCUUUAGCGGGAAUAUGGCCAUGUGACACCUUGACCUCAGACUUCUAGCCUCCGAAAUUGUGAGAGAAAUGUAGAUAGACUGUCUGUGGUUUUAAGCCACUCAGGUUGUGGUGAUUUGUUACAGGAGCCUAAGAAAACAAAUAAAAUCUAUGCAAACUUCUUGGUGCGUAGCUAGAAUGUGCAACGCUGAAAGUGAAACCAAAGCUUCCCAGUAGGCUGGGCUGUAAUCAGUUCCUUAGAAUCAGUUUUGGUUUGAAUCGUCCUCAUGUUAAGAGAAAGCCUGAGCUGGAUGGGGAUGAUCUCUUUUCUCCUCUCGCUUAAUGUACCUUAUCUCCAUAUUUUUCUGUCAGCCGUCAUCGUAUGUCCCUCUGCCAGCUAGAAAGAACCCAGUGGUCUCGGUAGCAACCUAGGUUUUAUUUUCAUUUUGGCUGUUUGUUUUGUUGGCUUCUCUGAGGACUGACAAAGAGCAACUGUUUGUUGUUUUAUUUUCUUUGGAGUCUUUGCCUGAGGAGCCUCACCAAGGCCUGAUGGGAGUAUCAAGUGGGCUGUGAUUGUCUCGUUUUGUGAGUUGGUGUUGUGGACCAUGAUGAGGCUGCCACAGUCGGGAGUGAGCAAAUGACCAGAUCAUGAGAUCCAGCAAAACUGCUGAAGGCUCUGAGACUUUCAAUUGUCUGUUUCAUAUCCGGUACAGAACAUGUUCCUCCUACUAAUUUUGAGCCUGGGACUGAAGCUUCAACAGACAGAAGCUUUGUUCACAGUGACCGUCCCAAAGGAAAUGUACAUGGUAGACUACGGCAGCAAUGUGACCUUGGAGUGUGAUUUUGACACUGGAGGUCCUGUGGAACUCGGAAUUUUAAAAGCCAGUUUGCAAAAAGUGGAAAAUGAUACAGUCUUGCUCAGUGAAAGAGCCACUUUGCUGGAGGAGCAGCUGCCCCUGGGGAAGGCCUUGUUCCUCAUCCCCCGAAUCCAGCUGAAGGAUGCAGGGCAGUACCGCUGCCUGAUCAUCUAUGGGAUUGCCUGGGACUACAAGUACCUGACACUGAAAGUCAAAGCUUCCUACAAGAAAAUAAACACUCGCUACCUCAAGGUCUCAGGGACAGAUGAGGUAGAGCUCACCUGCCAAGCUGAAGGCUAUCCCUUGGCAGAAGUGUCUUGGCCAAACAUCAGUAUUCCUACCAACACCAGCCACACCAAGACCUCUGAAGGCCUCUACCAGGUUACCAGUGUUCUGCGCCUAAAGCCACACCCCGGCAGGAAUUUCAGCUGUGUGUUCUGGAAUGCCAAUGUGAAGGAACUCACUUCAGCCACCAUUGUCCAAGGUCCUAUGGAAGACCCCAAGAUCCCUCCAUCUUCACUGCUUCAUGUUUUCAUUCCCUCCUUCAUCAUUGCUCUCAUGUUCAUAGCCACAAUGGUAGCCCUAAGAAAACGACUCUGCCAGAAGUUGUAUUCUGGAGAAGAUGCAAGAAAAAGAUCUGCCACCAUGGUAAGGAGAGAAGUGGACAGAGCUAUGUGAACCUGUGGUCUCAGGAGCUGGGAUGACCUGAUAGGACAUCCUCAAGAAACUUCUAGACUCUGAACAAGAAUCCUCUGGCCUGCAGAGCUUGUUGUUUGUACUUUUCAAUUGUCUUUGUAUAAACCAGCACUUUAUUCUGGAGACUGCAGCAUGACUAGGCAGCACCCACCACCAUGUAACGGAAAGUCGGGCGACUGCCCCUCCACUGAUCUGGGCUCUCUCCCCAACAGCCCAUGGCUCCACGCACACACUACUGCACUUUAGAAAACAACCACACUGGAUCCAGGACCCCACUGAGGGUCCUCUGGCUCUUUCUUUCUUCCAGACUGGAAACAGAGGGAAUUAUUUCUCCUUAAGUUUCCAGAAGCAGAGACAAGUAGAAGUUUCCAGUUACAGAAAUGGACAGAAGAUUUCCAGUAGAGUUAUUUUUAUGUGUAGUUUCCUCUGGAUACUGAACAAGCCUAUUGAGACUGUGAGUUCACAGACAGGACUUUAUACAAAGUCAAGCCAUAAUUGACAUGUUUUAUGAUUUACAGGAAGCUAGAAAACAUCUGAGUUGUUUUAAUGAAAUGUUUAAGCAUUGAAGUGCACAGAGUGGUCAACUACAGAUUGUGGAGAAAAGCCAUUGAGUAUUUUUCUGAGAUCUAAAUCACAAAGCAUUGAUUUUAACUUGUAAUGGCACUGUGUUGAAUGGUAUUUUAAAAGCAAAAGCAAACUACAUCUUUCCUUCAAAAAAUCCUGUCUACUUAACCUCAGAAGCCAAUCAUACACAUUUUAAGUUUUGUCAUACUAAUAUGCUAUUUCUGCAAAAAUUUCAGAUGAGUAGCUAUAAUGGUCAAAGCACCAAACUAAGGCUCCUUUCCUAGCCUUCUCUUUGACUUUAAACUUAACCUUUCAGUAGCUCGGUUUCCAGGUCUGUGAUAGAGUGAUGGUCACUAGCUAUGAUCUCUGAUGGUCAGUACUAGAAAUCCUGUGGGACUCCGUUAUCACGUGUCAAGGAGGAGGGUAACUGGAUGUGGUCCAUCAGGCUGAUCAUGUUCAAUUUGGUCUGUGUGCUAGGAUGUUCAAGGCAUUAGCUGACCCAUAAACUAUCCAAAUGUAAACAUUAUCAAGUAUAACAGAUGAUGAAUGUGCUUCAAGCAAACUCUUUUAACUGAUGCACAGACUAAGAAUAAUUUUAGGUUAAUGAGAAUGAAGGGGGGUGAAAGUGAGUAACAGACAAUUAUGUAACAUCUCAGUUUCUUCUGUUGAAAAUCAAAGAAUACCAUUGAAGAAUAAAACUCAGUUCUUCAAAAUA